AUGGUCAACGUUGCAGUUGCUGGUGGAUUUGGCCACCUUGGCCGAACCAUUGUUGAGGCCCUGCAGAAAUCACCCAAACAUAGUAUCAUCAUGCUUGCUAGAGAGGGUCACGCAAACCAGGGGCCUGACGCACGAAGGCUAGUGGUGCACUAUGAUGAUGUCGAUGGCCUUACAGCCAUUCUCGAAUCCGAGCAAAUCCACACCGUCAUCUCGGCAAUCAAAAUCCUGAACGAUAAUGCCGGGAAGGCCGAAUCCAAUCUCGUCCGAGCGGCGUCCAGGUCGGCGUCCACAAAACGCUUUGUCACCAGCGACUGGGGGUAUCCCGUCCCCGAGGAUGCUGUCCUCCCGCAAAAGGCCAUUCGAAACUCCGUCUGUCAUCUCCUUCGCGAGUCUGGCCUCGAAUGGACGCGCUUCUUCAACGGUUUCUUCCUUGACUACUAUGGUCUCCCGCACGUAGAGAGUCACAUGGACCCCACAACUUUCGUUGUCGAUGUUGCCAACAAAGUCGCUGCCAUACCUGGGUCGGGAAAUGAUCCGAUGACAUGGACUUACACUCACGAUGUGGCCAGUUUUGUCGUUGCCGCCCUUGACAUCCCAGAUUGGGAGGAAGAAACCUACUGCUAUGGAGACAAGAUGACAUGGAAUGAGUUUGUGCAAUUGGCAGAAGAGGCGGUUGGUUCCAAGUUCACCACUACACAUGAUGAUAUCUCUAUGCUACAGAGGGGGGAGAUUACCGAACUUCCCGGGCAUCUACACGAGUAUGAGUAUAUCCCGAAGCCAUUAUUUCAGGCAAUGUUUGCCUCCUUCGGAUUACAUGUCGUUGACGGCUGCUUUAAUUUUCCGGAUGGCAAGCUUCUCAACCACAAAUGUCCCAAUGUUAAGCCCAUUACCGUCAGAGAGAUGUUGAGUGUUUGGUCUAAAGCCUGA